UAGUGAGACUUACUGCAGGAGCCGAGACCAAUGGAGCUGGAUGAAUCGUCCUGCAUCCUCCCCAUACCUUCCAACCUCCAUCUCUCUCCCUGAUUCUGUCUCUCCUUUCAUAAAACAAAACGAAACCAUAGACAUGUAUUGUUAACUACCGCAUGUGUGUCAUGGAUCAAGAAUGAGAAACAUGGAUUCGAUUUACAUUAUUCUCGUCCUCCUUGCUCCCCAACCCUAUUUUUUAGCCUCUGCAGACAGGAAAUUCGGUUGUCUGUUUGAGAAGGAGUUGUGCACACCAUACGAGAUCUGUGUCAACGAUGGAAUGUUCGGGAGGUGUCAAUCCACACCCGUUCCGGUAGCAGAGGUGUAUACGUAUGAUGUGUCUCCAUCUGUGGUUCAGCGCUUCAGGACUCUACUGCAGAAACUCACUCACAGAGGGUUGACCUGGGAGGAUGAGACUGCCCAGCAGAUCCUGUCCAAGGAGCUGUCUAAGCUGAGGAAGAUCCCCUACAGACGCCUACAGGACUCCAGCCCCCCUGUCUACAGCAGCAGCAAAUCCAGGCCCUCUACCCAGGCUAUGGACUUAGGACACCGGAGGAUCAAGCCAGUGGAGGUGGAGCUCAGUAGAAACCUCCAGAACUACCUGCAGCGUCUGGGCCUCCUUCCCCAGGCCGCCUCCCCCGCCAGACCCAAGAGCCCCAGUAAGAGUGACCGUUACCCAUCUGGGGUCUCCUCUGACUACUACUGGCCCAAGUCCCAGGGAGAGGCAAACUUCUCCCCACUGACGUCCUUCCAGCCUCCCUACCAGGACAGAUCUUCUGCGGGGGAUGGAGACCUCCUUGUGGCUGCUCUCAGACACUACCUGUCUGGGCAGGUACCAUCUCAGACCGGGGUGUCCACCAAGGGCCCGGUCCUGCCCUCCCUUCGCCUACGCCCCUCCUACAGCAACAGUAUAGACAGUACUGGGCCUAAAAAGACCUCUCAAUCUCAAACACCUAACCUGGACAGACUUCUACUCCUCCAGACAGCUGGAGCCAGCCAACCCUCUGCUCCCAAGGACCCCCUCAGUACAGUGGAUGAGGUGUUCAUCCAGAAGGUUCUGAAGAACGUGGGCAGACACGACGUGGACGUGGACGACCUGAGUCCUAAAGACCUGGACCAACUCUCUACGCUGAUCACUGACGCCCUGCAGGUAGUGGAUCAAGAACAUACCCAAGCCCAGUCCAGAGCAGGACCCAGAGACCUGGGGGAGGAAGGGAAUGAGGGGCCUGGAGGAGAAGGGCCUGGGGAACAGGAGGAGAAGGAGGAGAGUGUCCCUCCAUCCACCACAGAGAAAACAGCGGAGAGCACUCCAGUAGAGGAGGCUGUGGUCCAAGAGCGACAAAUGGAGGGAGACCGAGAGCCAGCAGACUCCAAUGACAAGCCCCAAGACGCCGGCAGCUUAUUUGGCAAGCUGCUGGUGUACCUGGAUAAGAUUGAGUCCCCAGCCCAGAGAGAGUCCCCAGCCCGGGCUGGUGUGGGUGCAGGGCUGGGUGAGGGGAGAGGUGUUGGUCUGGAGAACGUACACAGCAGGACCACUCAGGCUGAGGUGGCGGUGCAGAAGAAGUCGACCCACUCGACGGACAUGGAGGAGGUGGCUGCCGUGGAGAGCUGGAUCCAGGCAAUAGAUCCUCCGGCUGCCAAGGUGGUCUACCAGGAGCCCCAUAAGAAGAAAGGGAACGUCCAGGAGCUGCAGCUAGAUGUCAAAGCUGCUGUGGACACGAAGAAGACCGAUGAUGACUACGGUUAUGUCAUCACCGACACUGACGCAUUGCAGACUGAUGAGGGCCUCCACUUGAUGGAGAUUCUGACACGACGUGCCAAGCUGCAGAUGACUGACUUCCUGGAGCUCUCAGUGGUAGGCCCAGCUGUGACCUUCAGAGUGCGACCUAAUGCCCAGAACAUCAGCACCGCAGAUGUGGCCAAUGUAGCAGUUCACCAGAAGGAUGCAGUGGAGAAGGAGGCCAAGGUGAUCAUUCUGGAGGCUGGAAUCACAGAUAGAAGCCAGAUAAACCAGAUCCCUACCAAGUACAGCACGGCCGAGUCCACCAAGUACAUGAUCCUGACAGUGGUGUCUAUCCUGUGUAUCGUGGCUGUGCUGCUGGCCUCCGCUGUGGUCUACUGCCUCCGACACCGCUCUCACCACAAGCUCAAGGAGAAGCUCACCAACCUGGGAACAGACACAGGCAGCGAUGCUACCUCCACCUAUCAGGAGCUGUGUCGUCAGCGGAUGUCGGUCAAGCCGCCGGCGGAGCGCCCAGAGCCGAUGCACAGUGUGUCGUCACGGCUCAACAGUGUGUCGUCCCAAUUUAGCGACGGGGGGCCCAUGGUCAGCCCCUCGGCACGAAGCUCCACCUCCUCCUGGUCUGAGGAACCCGUCCACUCCAACAUGGACAUCUCCACUGGACACAUGAUCCUGUCUUACAUGGAGGACCACCUGAAGAACAAGAAUCGUCUGGAGAAGGAGUGGGAGGCUCUGUGUGCGUAUCAGGCUGAGCCCAACGCCUCCACUACAGGCCUGGGGGCAGGGAACACAAAGAAGAACCGCUCCAAUGCAGUGGUGGCCUAUGAUCACUCAAGAAUUACCUUGAAGGUUGAAAACAGCCACAGCAAUUCAGAUUACAUCAAUGCCAGCCCAAUUAUGGAUCAUGACCCACGGAACCCAGCCUACAUCGCUACUCAAGGCCCUCUUCCCUCCACGGUGGCUGAUUUCUGGCAGAUGGUUUGGGAGAAUGGCUGUGUGGUCAUUGUCAUGCUGACGCCCCUCACUGAGAGUGGAGUCAAACAGUGCUACCACUACUGGCCUGACGAGGGGUCCAACCUCUACCACAUCUACGAGGUGAACCUGGUGUCGGAGCACAUCUGGUGUGAUGACUUCUUGGUUCGUAGUUUCUACCUAAAGAACAUGCAGACCAACGAGACUCGCACCGUCACACAGUUCCACUUCCUUACCUGGCUCAACCAGAAUGUCCCUGAGUCCAGUCGGACACUCCUGGACUUCCGCAGAAAGGUUAACAAGUGCUACCGGGGAAGGUCUUGUCCUAUAAUAGUCCACUGCAGCAACGGCGCCGGGAGGAGUGGAACAUACAUUCUGAUUGACAUGGUUCUCAAUAAGAUGGCUAAAGGUGCUAAGGAGAUUGAUAUUGCUGCCACCCUAGAGCACUUGAGGGAUCAGCGGCCGGCUAUGGUCCAGACAAAGGAGCAGUUUGAGUUUGCAUUGACAGCUGUUGCGGAGGAGGUGAACGCCAUACUCAAAGCUCUUCCACAGUGAGAGGUUUACCCACUACCAAGCCUCAACAGACCUCCCCAGGGACCUCCCUCCUGUUCUCCUUCUCUCGCCCACACUUUCUUUCCCCCACUCCUUCUCUCCACCUCUCUGUCUUUGUGGAUGUUGUGCGAGAGAGCAUGACCUGAUCUUAGUCGUGUAUAAAAAUAAAACAAAUCUAUUGUGAACCUAUGGAGCUUGUUUCCAAACAGACAAUUUAGUGCAUCAAGACUUUUACUGAUUGAAAAACAUGUUUAUCUGUUAAAUUACUAGAAUAUAUCAAUGACAGAAAUAUUGUUUUUGUGUGUGUGUAAAUUAUUAUGUUGGUCACAACAUCUGCAUCAUAUGGCAUAUUUAAGUUGAAUAUUUGUUUUUACUUUGAUCCUAUUAUGUGGUGUACUAAAUCAUACCAUGUAAUGUAUAUUAAAAGGAAAACUGCUUAAUUAGAUCAAGUGAACACUGAUAACAAUGAUGCUGAUGUUAAUUCUAGUUACCAUAGUGAUAAUUACACCAAGCAAUAUGUGUUUCUUCAGCUUGUCCAGACCUGGACAAAUAAUUGUAUGUUGUGGACAACGAUUGUGAGUAAACUUAACUAAUGUCAGUAAACUAAACUAGCUAAUGCCUGCCUCAAGUAAAGCAGUUCUAUGAAUUGGUGUACUGUAUGUACAAUGAAAACUAUAUUGUCAUUUUGUAAAUAAAGCAGUUCAUCUAGUCUAGGGUCUGGAUUCAAUCCGUAUCGCCAAAGUAUCACAGAAGAUCUGGGUUAACAUGUGAAGGUCAUUUCUAAUUUAGUCGACAUAUCCAGCGUUUACCGUGAAUGCAGUUUUACCGUGAAUGCAGCCUCCGCAACCGCGGGAACAUUGCCUUUCAUUUUCAAUCAUGCUAUAAAGUAGAUCAUCAGUGCUACGGAUUGAAUAAAGCCCUAGAUAUACAUGUAGCAUCAAUGGCUUAAGUGUUUGCUCUUAAGCUGCCACUGGAUGUCCCUGUGUCUUAUUAACAAGUCCAUAUCUGCGUUCCAAAUGGCAACCCUUUCCUUAUAUACAAUAGAUAACUUAUUUUGACCAGAGCUCUGGUCAAAACAAGUGCACUAUGUAGGGAAUAGGUUGCCAUUUUGGAUGCUGACCAGGCAGGUUUGUCUGCAGUACAGGAGUACUGUCAGCUAAAUAAUAAUAAUAUAUGCCAUUUAGCAGACGCUUUUAUCCUGUACAGUCACGCGGGCCUACAGCUCUACCCCAACACUUUCUGCUUUGACUAGACUCAUGCCAUUAGAUCACAAAAUCUUGGGUCAAGCUUUCAUGUUUGUCCAUUAGAUUCUGUUUUUUGUACACCCAAUAUUUUCUGAAUUGCAGAUGAUAUGACCUGUUUUUUUUAGCAUACACUCGCACAUGGCUUUUUGAAACUAUUAUUCCCCAAAUGUAUCUCCUUCAGCCUCAAAAUAUAUCAUGUCACCAUGAAGAAAGCCAAGGAUAUGAUUUACUAUUUACUUUGACAAGCCAAGGAUAUAUAAUCAUGCCAUUUGAGACAUUAAUUUCUGAAGAAUAGUAGUGCAAGUACAGAGGGGAAGAUAGUGGAUUGUUAUUAUUACAUAUUGGCAUAAACUUAUUUGACCUAUCACAGCUGUGCUUCCAAAAUGGCACCUGAUUUCCUUUCUAUUACACUUCUUUUCCUUUGGUCCCUGGUCAAAAGUAGUGCACUAUAAAGGGAAUAGGGUGCCAUUUGGAAGACAUUCAAAGUUAAAGCGGGCCAUGUUAUGUGUCCCAUACUGUAACCACUGCAAAAAGCUUUCAACUAAUUUAUUGCAAGAGAUGGCUGGUUUGACCAUUGAUUUGUAUAUAUAUGAUUAUUAAAAAAACAACAGAAAAUAUUUUGUUCUAUCAGUGAAGAUAAACUAUUGUGAAUAAAGUCCCAUUAUUGAUGGCGUGUUGUAUUGCAA